AUGCAGCGGAGCCUCUCAUCUGCUGCGGCCACUGCCACGACUGUGCAGCCUCACAGCAGCAGCAGCAGCAGCAGCAGCAGCGCAGCAGCAGCAGCAGCAGCAGCGCGUCCUCUGUGCUUCCUAACCUUGCGCCCUCCUGUUCCCUUCACAGUUCCUCCUGCGUGCCUCGAAAGUGCUGCUGCAGCAGCUGCUGCAGCAUCACAAGCCACAGCAGCACCUGCUGCUGCAGCAGCAGCAGCAGCAGCAGCAGACACGAGAGAGAGUGGAACUCCUUCAAAAGAGGAAACUCCAGGCACUGCUGCUGCUGCUCGAGUGGCUGAGGAGCAGCCGAAUAGCUCCGCUUCCGCAGCAGCAGACGUUGCUGCUGCUGCUGCUGCUGCUGAGCCUGUGCAGCAGCCGAAUGCGGGCUCACCAGCAGCAGCAGCAGCAGCAGCAGCAGCAGCAGCAGAUCCAGUGGAUGAGGCUGCCUACGAAGAAGUGCAGCUGAGGGAAUUGGAGUUUGAUGCUCUUGAGUCUCUUUUCGUUUAUCCCUGUCCUUGUGGGGACCUCUUCGAGCUGCCUCUCGCAGACCUGCAAGCAGCAGCAGCAGCAGCAGCAGCAGCAGCAGCAGCAGCAGCAGCAGCAGCAGAGUCGGGUUACAGCGGCUUCGCCCUCGCAUCUUGUCCCUCCUGCUCUCUCAAUCUGAAGGUGUUGUUUGACCAGCAGCAGCUGCAGGAGCUGCAGCAGCAGCUGGGGCUCGCGCUGCUGCCGGAGUGCUGCUGA